AGCUUGAAAUUUCUUUUACAUUUGUCACCUCUGGUACCGGGUCGCGUGGUGAGAUCGUCCUUUAAAAUAUUAUAAGAAAAUACUCGAAAAUGGCAUUCGGAGACGUAAAAACCUCUCAAGGUCUAAGUGAAUUGAACAAAUAUUUAGCUGAGAAAAGUUAUAUUAGUGGGUACGUCCCAUCACAAGCCGAUGUUCAAGUGUUCCAAGAAGUAGCAAAGGCACCUGCUGCCAGCUUACCAAAUGCCCUUCGUUGGUACAAUCAGAUCGCCUCCUACACACCAGCUGAACGCAAGGCAUGGGCACAAGGAGUUAGUCCCUUGACAGCUGGUGCUAAACCAACCACAACACCAGCCAAGGAUGAUGACGAUGAUGAUGUCGAUCUAUUUGGAUCUGGAGAUGAGGAAGAGGAUGCAGAAGCUGCCCGAAUCCGUGAGGAGCGUCUAAAGGCAUAUGCUGACAAGAAAUCUAAGAAACCUGUACUUAUUGCAAAGUCAUCUGUUAUUCUUGAUAUUAAACCUUGGGAUGAUGAGACAGAUAUGAAAGAAAUGGAGAGUCUAGUCCGCUCAAUUGAAAUGGAAGGUCUACUGUGGGGUGCAUCAAAACUUGUUCCAGUUGGUUACGGUAUCAAUAAACUCCAGAUUAUGAGUGUCAUUGAAGAUGAUAAAGUAUCAGUAGAUCUAUUAACUGAAAAAAUUCAAGACUUUGAAGACUUUGUCCAAUCAGUGGACAUUGCAGCUUUCAAUAAAAUUUAAAUGAAUGAAGCCAUAAUAAUUUGUCAUGUUUUUAAUUAAAUAAUUCAUGUAUUCAUAAA